GCCACUUUCCUUUUAGAAAAUUCAAUACGAUUUGCUUAUUAAGAAAAAAUGUUUAUAUAAAUAGGCACCUUAUUUUUCCUUUAAGGAUCUCUCUCAUUUUCAGAGCUCAAAAACAAAGCUUAAAACUCUCAAACUCAGUUUUCUCCUCAACCAAAGCCAGAAACAAUCAGUUGAUUCAGUUUUCGGCCGAUGGGAAAAAAAAACAAGUGAGUGUUUGAAUGAAUGUUUAUAAUUUUGAGGAAUUUCGGUUUUUGAUCGAGAUUGGAAGAAAAAAAAAUGAGGGUGAAGGAAAUGCAUCCGCUAUGUUGUAUAUCGUUGGAGAGUCUCGGCAUCGGCGACCAAUCACCGGAGGUUACGUUGACUCGAACCAGGAGCAUGCCGGCGAAGGCUUUAUUUGGAUCUGAAACAGGCAAUGCGGGGAGGUUAAUGGCGGGAGGAUCCGAAGGCACCGUUGCUGGAAUUCUCUACAAGUGGACAAAUUAUGGCAAAGGAUGGAGAUCUAGGUGGUUUUUGCUUCGUAAUGGAAUGUUAUCUUACUCGAAAACUCGCCGGCCGGAGACUCUAAACCUCCCCUCUCCGGACGACGUCAGAUUGAUCGGUGAUAUCUCAACCAAUCGGCUUUCGAGGAUCGACAGUUGUAGCGGUAGACGGAAGAAUCAGAAAACCGUUGGCAUUGUUCAUUUAAAGCAGAUUUCAUCAUUCCGUGAGAGCAAAUCUGAUGAUAGACGUUUUUACAUUUUCACUGCUACGAAGACCCUUCAUUUGAGAACUGAUUCAAAGAGAGAUCGGGUUGCUUGGAUUCAAGCUUUGGUAUCAACCGGGAGCCUCCUUCCGCUGAGACCAUUAAACGAUAAUAUCUCCCUCGUACCCCAUGAUUUGUCUAUAUCAACUGAUAGGCUCAAGAAACGUUUGCAUGAGGAGGGAAUCAAUGAUGACCUUGUGAAGGAUUGCGAGCAGAUUAUGCUUUCAGAGUUCUCGGAGAUACAAGGGCAACUUAAAGUUCUAUGUGAAGAAAGAUCUAAUUUUCUGGACACAAUAAGGCAGUUGGAGGCAUAUAAUAUCGAAUCUGAAACCUCUGGAUUUCAUGGAGACUACCAGUUGACGAAGCAUGAAUGUUCCAGUUUGGGGCGUGGAAAUAGUGAAUGCAGCACAACCGAAUCGUCUGAUGAUAUUGAGAAACAAGAGCUUGAGGAAGUUUCUUAUGAAGAAGGAACCUUGUUCUUUGAUACAAAGGAGUAUUUUACUGAACCUGCUGUUAGUUGUGGAUCUGUCAGAGGGGCAAUGGAUCAUGCAGAUGAUCUCGAAGAAACUGAAAAACAAUUGGAUAAUGUGGAAAAGAUUCAUUCUGAUAAAGAAGAUUGUGAUUCCAGAUAUCCUCAUAUUGAGAGACGAAAAAAACUUCCUGAUCCAGUUGAAGAAGUGAAAGGGGUUAGCCUUUGGUCUAUGAUCAAAGACAAUGUGGGAAAGGAUCUCACACGAGUAUGUCUCCCUGUUUACUUUAAUGAACCAAUAUCAUCCCUUCAGAAAUGUUUUGAGGACCUAGAAUAUUCAUAUCUUUUGGACCGAGCAUACAAGUACGGAAAAGAAGGUAACAGUCUCCAACGAAUUCUUAACGUUGCUGCAUUUGCUGUUUCUGGGUAUGCUUCCUCUGAAGGCCGACACUGUAAGCCCUUCAAUCCAUUACUAGGAGAAACUUAUGAAGCAGACUAUCCUGACAAAGGAGUUCGUUUUUUCUCUGAGAAGGUUAGUCACCACCCAACCCUUAUUGCCUGUCAUUGUGAAGGAAAAGGGUGGAAAUUCUGGGGCGACAGUAACCUCCGCACAAAGUUUUGGGGACGUUCAAUUCAGCUUGACCCUGUUGGAGUUCUGACCCUAGAGUUUGAUGAUGGUGAAAUAUUUCAGUGGAGCAAGGUAACAACUAGUAUUUAUAAUCUUAUCCUUGGUAAAGUGUAUUGCGAUCACCAUGGUUUGAUGCACAUUCACGGGAAUCGCCUGUAUUCAUGCAAACUCAAAUUCAAAGAGCAAUCUAUUCUUGACCGAAACCCUCACCAGGUCCAUGGGUUUGUUGAAGAUCUUUUGGGUAAAAAAGUUGCAACAUUAAUUGGCAAAUGGGAUGACAGCAUGUAUUAUAUCAACGGUGAUGGGAGUGGCAGGCCACAGGACUGCAGCCCUUCAUCAAGUGCCACCUUACUAUGGAAGAGGAACAAGCCACCGCCUAAUCUGACUCGCUACAACUUAACAUCAUUUGCAAUUACACUAAAUGAACUAACGCCUGGACUACAGGAGAACCUUCCACCUACGGAUUCAAGGCUUCGACCAGACCAACGUCAUUUGGAGAAUGGGGAAUAUGAUAGAGCAAAUUCAGAGAAACAACGACUAGAGAGGAGGCAGAGAAUGGUAGGUCUUGAUCUAUAUUAUUGCUUUUACUCCUUGCUAUUCACGCUGCCCGUGGUCCAACACAGUCGAGAAAACUACAAGAAAAUGGGUGGAAGCCUAGAUGGUUUCAGAGAGACAGUGAAAAUGGGUCCUUCCGCUAUGUGGGUGGUUAUUGGGAAUCAAGAGAACAAGCGAAAUGGGAUGGCUGCCCGAAUAUAUUUGGUGAAUUCAACGAGGUUGUCGAUUCCUCCGAACAAGGCUGACUUCACUUUUAGAAUCGGCAAAUCUUGGGAACAAUCACGGAGCAAAUUGAGACGAUAAACACGUAAGUAGCUUUAAUUCCUGAUUGCCGUCUCUAUGUUUCUGCGAAUCUUAAAGUGAGUUAAAUAUAUAGUAAGGAUAGGUAAGAGCCUGAAUUUUUCUGUAACAUGUCUCUAUUGUGGGAAUCGUAUGUGUAAUGUUAUCUCUCAAUAGUUCGUUUAUUCCAUAGCUCCAUCUCAAAAUUUAAUUUCAUAAUUAUUUGUAUUUUCUUUCUAUGAAUAAAUGAAAUGAAAAGGAGAAAAAAGAGGUCUUAUUUCU